AUGCCUCCAAUUAAGAAUAAGCCAUUGAAGUUAUAUAUCUCUGCGGCUGAAGACUCGGUUGGAAGUUUACUGGCCCAAGACAAUGAGCAAGCAAUAAAAUUGAGGCACUACAUGCUGCCCAUUUCUGUUUAUAUCAUGAGUAAAACGGACUUAAUCAAAUACUUGCUAACUCGGCCUAUCUUGAGAGGCCGAAUUGGCAAGUGGUCCUUGGCCUUAAUGGAAUUUAGUUUUUGUUACGUUCCUCAAAAAGCGGUGAAAGGCCAGGCUUUGGCAGAUUUCCUGGUUGAUCACCUAUGUUUGGAGGUCAGCAAUGAAGUCGGCCCUGGCCUGGACGCGAUGGAGGUAUCUGUAAAACCUUGGAAGUUGCUUUUUGACGGAUCCAAAACGCAAGAAGUAUCAGGCUGUGGGGUUAUCAUAAUUUCUCCUGAAGGCCUGAAAAUUGAAUUGUCCUUCCAAUUCAAUUUUCAGUGCACGAAUAAUCAGGCUGAGUAUGAAGCAGUGGUGAUAGGCCUUGAAAUUUUGAGAGAAUUAGGAGCCGGAACUAUUGAAGUAAUAGGGGAUUUAAGCCUUGUAAUAAACCAUUUAGCAGGCACGUUCAAGUGUUACAGCAAGGAGUUGGCACCUUACUAUAUGGCCGCAAUACAACUCGUACAAGAUUUUGACGAUGUAACGGUGAGGCACGUACCAAGGAGAAUGAACGAAGAGGCUAAUAGUUUAGCUCAGGCCUCAACAGGCCUGAAACUUUCUCCAGGCACCUUGUCUAGGGCUGUAACGGUCCAGAAGAAAUUGUUGCCCUCUGUUCGAAGGAGAGGUUUAGGUCUGCCAGCGUUUAUAGUAGAGCCUCUCGGGCCAACGAUCGAGGAUACUGAACGAGAAGGUGAGCUACGGCAGAGUGGUUGGCGUGAUCCCAUCAUCUCAUUCCUCAAAAACUCGUGUACCAAGGUAACAAAGAAGACUAGGAGAAGGGCCAUUAGCUAUCUUUUGAUAGGAGAUGACCUGUACAAAAAGAGUCUAGAGGACGACUUACUCCUUAAAUGCCUUGACGGGGUGGAAACUUUGAGGGUGAUGGGUGAGGUACACGAAGGUGUCUGUGGUGCCCACCAAUCAGGUGUCAAAAUGAGGUGGUUGAUUAGGAGGUAUGGGUAUUAUUGGCCUAGGAUUCUUGAAGAUUGCAUCCGAUAUGCUAAAGGAUGCCAGGCCUGCCAAGCCCAUGGCCAAGUUCAACACGUGCCAGCAGCCAACUUCCAGGCCGUGAUUAAGCCAUGGCCUUUUAGGGGAUGGGCCGAGGCCAUCCCAUUAAAAGCUGUGAACCAACAAGAUGUCAUCAAGGACAUAAGGGAGAAGAUCAUUCAUCGAUUUGGCAUUCCCCAACACUUGGUGGCCGAUAGAGGAUCGGUUUUCUUCGGAAAGUAG